AAAACGCGUGAUGAGAAUCGACAAUCUUUUUUGCGAGUAAUGCAAUAUAAAAGCAUGACGUAUUCCCCCACCAAAUGUUAUUUCAGAUGUACGCAAUUAGAAGCCAGCCCAUAGUAGCUCAAAGGGAGCAACGAGAGGAAGAUGGCGUGGAAGACAUGACACAGCUUGAGGAGAUGCACGACAAUGCUGUUCUUCUCAAUCUAAAAACAAGGUUUGAACGGAAUCUUAUUUAUACCUAUAUAGGUAGUAUUCUGGUUUCUGUGAACCCUUAUAAGAUGUACAAUAUCUAUGGGACGGACAUGGUGCUGCAGUACAAGGGUCGCUCCCUGGGCGAGAACCCUCCACAUUUGUUUGCAAUAGCCAACUCUGCUUAUUCUAAAAUGAUGGAUGCCAAACAUAAUCAGGUCAUAAUUAUCAGUGGGGAGAGCGGCUCUGGUAAAACUGAGGCCACCAAACUUGUCCUUCACUACCUUGUAGCUUUACAUCAGACAUGUAUUCUUGCCCAACAGAUUGAGAUACUUGAGGCUGCUCCUCUUCUUGAGUCAUUUGGAAAUGCCAAAACUGUGCGGAAUGAUAACUCCAGUCGCUUCGGGAAACACAUGGAGGUCUUUAUGGAGGAUGGUGUGAUCAAUGGUGCCAUAACUUCUCAAUAUCUUCUGGAAAAGUCGCGCAUCGUCUUCCAGGCCAAGAAUGAAAGAAACUAUCACAUCUUCUAUGAGAUGCUAGCAGGUCUUUCAUCUCAGCAGAAGCAGACUUUCUAUCUCCAGGAGCCGGAGACUUACUAUUACCUCAACCAGGGAGGGGAUUGUGGGAUUACAGGAAAAGAUGAUGGCGAGGACUUCCAGCGUCUGCUCGCUGCCAUGGAGAUCCUCCACUUCACCCCAGACGACCAGUCGGUCAUUUUUCGAGUUUUAUCUUCCAUACUGCACCUGGGAAAUGUCUACUUUGAGAAACAUCAGACUGACGGCCAGGAGGUGGCGACAGUGGUGAGCGCUCAGGAGAUCAGGGUGGUAGCAGAACUGUUAGAGAUCUCUCCAGAAGGCCUGCACAAAGCCAUCACUUAUAAAGUCAUGGAGACGAUGAGAGACAAGAUUUACACCCCACUGACUGUAGAAAGCGCUGUAGAUGCCAGAGAUGCUGUUGCCAAGAUCUUGUACUCGUUGCUCUUUCAUUGGUUAACAGAGAGGGUCAACACUCAAGUGUAUCCUCGCCAACACACCCUCUCCAUCUCCAUCCUAGACAUUUAUGGAUUUGAGGAUCUGGCAUACAACAGCUUUGAACAGCUGUGCAUUAAUUAUGCCAACGAGUACCUGCAGUUCUUCUUUAAUAAGAUCAUUUUCAAGGAAGAGCAGGAGGAGUACAACAGGGAGCAAAUUCCAUGGCAGGAUAUUCCAUUUAAUGACAACCAACCCUGCAUUGACCUCAUCGCCGCUAAACCCCAUGGCAUACUUAGAAUCCUGGAUGACCAGAGCUGUUUCCCACAGGCAACGGAUCACACGUUUCUCCAAAAGUGUCACUAUCACCAUGGCAAUAACCCAUUGUAUGUGAAGCCAAAGAUGCCCUUUCCCGAGUUCACCAUCAAGCAUUUUGCUGGACGUGUCACCUAUCAGGUUUACAAGUUCCUUGAUAAAAACUACGAUCAGGUUCGUCAAGAUGUGCUGGACCUAUUCACGAAGAGCAGGAACAAGAUGGUGUCGAACCUCUUCCUGGUUCCCGCACAAGUCCUGGGGCAGAAAAGCAACACGGUCACCAAGAAAUACCAAGCAUCCACUGUCAGCAGCAAAUUCCAACAGUCCCUGUUGGAACUAGUGGACAAGAUGGAGAGGUGCAACCCGUUUUUUGUCCGCUGCAUUAAGCCAAAUAACACUAAGAAUGCAGGUGUGUUUGAAGACGACCUGGUCAAAGGUCAGCUGCGUCACUCCGGCAUCAUGGAGACGAUCAGGAUCCGGAAAGAAGGCUACCCUGUUAGGAUGCCGUUUUCUAUCUUCCUGUUCAGAUAUAAGUCCCUGGUGGGAAUUCAGCAGCUUCCAUCAGCCAAUGGAGAGAGCUGUGUGCUGCUGCUCAGUAAACUGUGUCCUCUCAAACCAGGAGACUACCAUGUUGGUGUCGCAAAGUUAUUUGUGAAGGAGACCAUCUACCAGCUGUUAGAGUGCAAACGGGAACGCUGUCGCCACCUCGCCGCGCUCACCCUGCAGCGUUACGCUCGCAUGUACCUUGCCCGGAAACGCUACGUGAAUCUACGCCACCUGAUCAUCAGGCUGCAGGCGCAUUGCAGAGGAUUUCUUACGAGGAGGCACUAUUUGAAAAUGAGGCACAGCCUGGUUCGGUUCCGGUCCCUCGUCCAUUAUUAUAUCGGCCGGAAACGAUACGUCAAGAUGAAGUUGAUGGCCAAGCGCAAAGCUGAGGAGGAGACGAAGAAGAGAGAAAUGGAAUUGAUGAAAAGAGAAGUGGUCAAUGUGACGCACUUGGUGAUCCCUGCAGAGCUUGGCACUCUACUGCAAGCAGCAGGAGCCAGGCGAGAGUUGCACUCUGACUGCUUGGCUCUGCUUCAGGCUCCUCAUAUCCGAGAGUCCUCUUCCGCUCAACUCACUUUGCCUCUGGACAUUAACAACUACCCCUUCGAUCGUUACGUGCUCAGAUACUUCAGAGAGCCCAAGUUUGGGAUGUUAAAGACACCCCUAGAGGCCCCUCUAACCUGCAUCGAAGAGGACCUGAAAGCCGAAGCUCUGCAGCUUUUCAACAUGGUGUUAAGAUUCAUGGGGGACCCUCAUCUGAAUGGCGCGCAGGAGAACAUGUUUGGCAAUUACAUCAUCCAAAGAGGACUCUCGUCUCCAGGGUUACGAGAUGAGAUCUUGUCUCAGGUGGUCAACCAGGUGUGGCGCAAUGUCAACGCUGACAAUGCGGAGAGAGGCUGGCUUCUAUUGCUGGCGUGUGUCUGCAGCUUCGCUCCCUCGCCACAGAUGGACAAAUAUCUGCUCAAGUUUGUUUCUGACCAUGCUGCCACUGGUUGCCAAGCAUUGCUGCAACAUCGACUCAUCCAAGCCAUUCAGAAGACGCAGCUGAGUUCAGGCCCCGCCCCUGAGACUUCACGGACCUAUCCGCUGUCCCUUCUGGAGUGGACAACCAAUAGGAAGAAAGCUAACAUGGCGUUACAUGUGCAUUGUUUUGAUGGAUCGUCGUUCCUGUGCCCAGUUCACUCCUGGACCAGUGGCGAAGAUUUAGCGGGAGACAUCCUGCACCACAGGGGCGUGUCAGACUGGUGGAGAGGAAGUUCAGUUCUGAUGAAGGAGCACGGCCAGUGGGUGGAAUUAGCGGGUCACGACUACGUGAUGGACCUGAUUGCAGACCUGGAACUUCCAAAUGUCUUCCCAAAACAGAAGAGCUACUUUGUCAUCAGUACUGACAACCCCACGAGAGUCAGGGCCAACGCCAGCCUAACACUAUUUGGGAGCGGCUUUGAUUCAGAUGAUGAACCUCCGCCUUCCCUUCCUCCGAGCGGAGGCUGCAGACCAGCCUACAGCCUCUCUGAAUCGGACGGUUACCACAGCCACGUGGAGUCCGAUGCAUUCAGCGACGGUCAGACUCAGAGAGGAAUGGACCGUUAUCUGGACAGCCUGUUCGAUCCCGUUCUGUUUGACGGCAACACGGACAUGGAAAAGGCCGGAACUUUGGCAGCAAGAAUGAAGGGAGGUGGAGGUAUAGGUAUCGCAGGAGGAGAAAGAGGAGAGGAGGAGAGUCAUCAGGUCCCCAGUAGGCCACAUCCAGCCGGAAUACACCCUGGAGGAACGGAGCAGGCAGCAUUGAGUCAACAGCAGCAAGCCAUUAUCAACCAGCAAGCCAUUAUUCUGGCCCAGCAGAUGACCAUGCAGGCCAUUGCAAUCCAGCAACAGAUGAUAUCCUCUUUCCCCGCCUCUCACUCGCCGCCACUACAUUAUUACCCACACUCGCCGCAACAUUCUCGCACACCCAGUCCAACUAAAGGAGAUCGAGACAAUUCACCGCCAAGGCCCAGCUCUCAGCGCAAAUUGAGUCCAACACACAGCCCGCCUCCAGACGCCGUGGUCCGCGCCAGUGUGAGUAACACUGAGCGCACGGAGCCCAGCCAUGACAUCAAAGACAUCAUCAAACAGCACCAGCCUGCCAGCAUGACUCCCUCUGGACUUUCCAUCAAACGAAAAGAUCAUGGAAAGGUGUUCAUGAAGAAGCCAGACCCCCAUGAUGAAGCCAUGGAGAUCCUGAAAGACCAAAUGGCCAGCCCACCUCAAACAAAGAAGUCUUUGCAUCAUAAAGAGGAGGGAAGAGAUCGCAAAAUAACCAAUCUUAAUGAACCAACUCACUCCAACAUAGACCACGCUCCUCCUACAGUCUGCAGAGAGUUGCCAGUUGAAAAUGAGGUCAUCCAGACUCAACUCCACAGCAGGACCAGCGAUGAAUAUUAUACCUACACCAACGUCCCCUGGAAACUUUACCUGAGGAAGGAGGUGUUUUACCCGAAGGAGAACCUCAAUGAUCCGUUAAUGUUGGACCUAAUCUUCAAACAGGUAGUACAUGACACAUUCUCAGAGGCCUGCAUUCGAAUCACUCAAGAAGAAAGACAAAAGAUGAAAGAUCUCUUUGUGGAAAACCAGGUGGAUCAGGCUCCAGGUACUCACCAUGAGGAUGUGAAGAAGAAGGUGGUUGCCGUGGCGAGAGACUCGUGGGAGAUCUACUUUUCUCGUCUUUUCCCGGCUUCUGGCAGUGUGGGGACGGGUGUGCAGGUGUUGUCUGUGUCACAUCAAGGCAUCAAGCUGCUCAAGUUGGUGAGGAGCAGCUCCACCGCUCCAGACUACUUCAGGGUACUGAGGCCUUACAGCUACUCGGACAUCCUGUUCGUGUCCGUGCCAUCGAGAAACAUGUUGGAGUUCAAUCUCGUCAAUGAGAAGCUGAUCCUGUUUUCCGCCAGGGCCCAGCAGGUCAAGAGCAUGAUUGACGACUUCCUCACAGAGAUUAAGAAGGAUUCAGAGUAUGUGGUGGCAGUAAGGAACUGCAUCAAUGAGGACAGGACGCUGCUCAGUUUCCACAAAGGAGACAUUAUCAGACUACAACACAUGGAUGGCUUGGAGGCGGGCAAAAGUUACGGCUGCAUUGUGAAAAAAAAGGUGAUGCUACUGGAAGAACUCAAGAGCGACACCCCUGACUUUGGCUGGCGGUUCGGGGCGGUGUGUGGGAUGUCGGGAGCGUUCGCCAGUGAACAUGUUCGACCUGUGGCCGCUCCGGACUUCUUGCUACUCCCAACGGAGAGGGCGGAACCUCGUGACAGACAGGGUCGCGUCGCCGCCUCGGCUGCUGUCGCCGUAGCGCUGGGCUCAGCGGUCGCGGCCCAAGAGCUUGACCGCACGACGGAAGUAGUGCAGGACACCUAUGUGGAGAGUCCAGAUGAGUCAAUGGAUGAUAUGUUGCAGUAUGGCAGCCAGUACCCCAUGACUGAGUUUGCCAAGAGGUACUUCAGAGAAGCACAAAGAAACAGGAACGAUCCAAAAGCCAAAAAGGGGAGAGCGGGAAGGGAACCAGCUGACAUGAUCAAAUUUUCCAAGUCUCCACUCCAGGAGUCUCUGAUUGACUUCUCAGACGGUUCAAUGAACAGAGUGGCCGCCGACAUCUCCUCAGCUGUCAUGAAGUUCAUGGGAGAUCUUCCAAUGAAAGGUCAAACUGAGCGGGACCUUGUCACAAUUAUACUGAAGUUAAGUGCUGAUCACGGCCUGAUGAAAGAUGAAGCCUAUUGCCAGGUGAUGAAGCAAGUCACUGCCAACAACAGCUCCAAACCAGACAGUUGCCAGAGAGGGUGGAGGCUCUUGUACAUCCUGACUGCUUUCCAUCGCUGUUCACACGUCAUGAAACCAUUUCUCUUCAGCUUUCUACACAACGCCAGUGUCAGCAUUGGACUGCAGUACCAAGGUAUUGCCAAGGCAUGUGAGCAGAAUCUGAGGAGAACAUUUCAGUAUGGAGGACGCAUACAGUAUCCCAACAGCAUGGAAUUAAAAGCAAUGAUGGCAGGGCGGAGCUCCAAAAGACAGCUGUUCCUGCUGCCAGGCGGGAUGGAAAGGCACUUGAAAAUCAAGACAUGCUCUGUCGCUUUGGAUGCCAUUGAGGAGCUUUGUUAUGAAAUGGACCUCCACAGAGUUGAAGCUUUGGAUGAAUAUGCCAUCUUUUUGGUUACACACAGAGGUCAGAAUGUUCGGCCCCUGAUCAAGAGGGAAUACAUCUUGGAUGUUGCGACAGAAGCCGAACCGAUGGAUGCCAACUACAGUCUUUGGUUCCGAAGAGUCAUCUGGAGUCUUGCUUUGAAACUUGAUAAUGAACUUUAUGUUACCAUGCAUUAUAACCAGGUGUUGCCAGAUUACCUGAAGGCUUUGCUGAGUGUGGUCCCUCUGGGUAAGGCAAGCGAACAGCAUCUGCAACAGCUUGCUAGACUGGCUGCUCUACAGCACCGUGCCAAAGACUCCGUCUAUCUGCCUACCAUACAUGAGUUGCAGGAGUGUGUCCCCCCACAGUUCUUCAACAAACAGAAUCCACAACAGUGGCUCAAUAUGGCAACUCAACAUAUGCAACAGGUCCAGCCUCUAAACCCACACCAGGCCCGUGCACAAUUCCUUGGUCUGGUCAGUCCCUUCCCCAUGUUUGGAUCCUCCUUCUUCUACAUCCAGAGUUCCAGCUCGGCCUCCAUCAAGGCUCCGUGCAUUCUGGCGGUGAAUCUUAAUGGACUCCAUUUUCUUAACAAAGACACUCACGAGGCCAUGGUGCAUUUCCCUUUAAAAGAAGUCCAGUCAACCCGCACCCAGAGACCAACUUCUGGCUCAAGUUACCCAUACGUUGAGAUCACGAUUGGAGAUCUGCUCAACCAGCGCAUCAUACAGCUUCAGCUCGAGCAGGGUCUGGAGCUGUCUAGAGUGGUUGCCAUGCACAUGGAGAACAUGCUGUCUGCCAGAGAAAAGAGACUCACGCUGCCACCAAGUGAAAUAACUCUGCUCUAGCAUACAAACAAUACAUGGGCGCGCUUGGCAUAAUGGGACUGAAAAGAACUCGUCUUUGCAUUUUCUUUUUCUUAUGUGGAUCUGUCCACAUGGAAGUGUGAUUUCUAAGUAUAAGUCUAAGGCUAAGUAUGUUCUUUAAUCCAGUCAUCGUAAAACCUUGUUUCGGCAACUGUUAGACUUUUUACAUACCGUAUAUAAAACAUUUGAGCUCAUUUGAAGAAUAUUUGACGUUUACUUAACUUUUAUGAGUACAUAUAUUUUAAAAGACUAGCCCUACAGUCCACAUGACUACACUCAUACAAACGCACAUCAAUGAGUCAAAUGUCUGCGUUGAUGCAACAUGAGUCAAAAGUGGAAGUGAGACGGUGUCAGGAAGGUUCUUGUCAAAGAUUGAACUCCUCUUUUGGUACGGUAAGUCCCUGUUGUCACGUGCUUAAUUUUUAGGAAAUUGGGAUGAGUAGGACUUCCUUUCUAAGGAACAAAAAAGUUUUGACUUGUCUUGAAAACUGAGCAAUUGAAUUUAAAUAGCUCAUGUUCUAUGUGAGCCAGCGGCUCGCUGUGGUAGCUGCCAAUUUAUGUUUCCUGUUUGUCCUUUCGAAGAUGAACAUGACAUGCAUUCCAAGUGUACUUUAAUGUAACCUUGGCUUUUAUACUGGGGCAAACAAAUAAGGAUGCUAUUGAUACAAAACAAAUAAUUUGUACUCCCUGUCAUGAAUUCACAGGGGAGGCCGGAUGCAUAUUUUGGCAAUAUUUGAGCACUGCCUUCAAUAUAAAUACAAUGCAUAAAAUGCUGUUGUGAAUACUUAUUGCGUAUAAUAAUUGCAUGUGAGAUCAUUAAAGUUUGUAUUAUAACCAAAUAAACUCAGCAAAUGUGA